CACGGAACCCACACUUUUUGGGGGCUGGUGACAAGCUCUGCCCUGGGAACUGAGGAACGCGGGGGAUUGUUUCCUGCACCUCAGGAACUCCCAGGUGGCGCCGCUGCCCGAUGGCACUGCCCCCGCGUGUCCAUGUUGGAUGAGGUUGGCGCAUGCACCAUGUCAUCAUGCGUCUCUAGCCAGCCCAGCAGCGACCGGGCCGCCCCCCAGGAUGAGCUGGGGGGCGGAGGUGGCAGCAGCAACAGCGAAGGCCAGAAGCCCUGCGAGGCCCUACGGGGCCUCUCAUCCCUGAGCAUCCGCCUGGGCAUGGAGUCCUUCAUCGUGGUUACUGAGUGUGAGCCGGGUUGCGCUGUGGACCGCGGCCUGGCCCGGGACCCGCCCCUGGAGACCGAUGGCCCAGAGGUCGCCCGGGACGCCGGGUCCCAGACCCGGCCCCACCUCUCCAGUCGCAAGCUGUCUCUGCAGGAGCGGUCCCAGCUAGACGCGAAUGGACGCUGUGUCCAGCCCUCCUCGCCUGUCAGCUCCCCGCAGUCCUCGCCGCGGCUGCCCCGGCGGCCCACGGUGGAGUCCCACCACGUCUCCAUCACUGGUAUGCAGGAUUGUGUCCAGCUGAAUCAAUACACACUGAAGGAUGAAAUUGGAAAGGGCUCCUAUGGCGUGGUCAAGUUGGCCUACAAUGAAAAUGACAAUACCUACUAUGCGAUGAAGGUGCUGUCCAAAAAGAAGCUGAUCCGACAGGCGGGCUUUCCACGUCGCCCCCCACCCCGAGGCACUCGGCCAGCCCCAGGGGGCUGCAUCCAGCCCAGGGGCCCCAUUGAGCAGGUGUACCAGGAAAUCGCCAUCCUCAAGAAGCUGGACCACCCCAACGUGGUGAAGUUAGUGGAGGUCCUGGAUGACCCCACUGAGGACCAUCUGUACAUGGUGUUUGAACUGGUCAACCAAGGGCCUGUGAUGGAAGUGCCCACCCUCAAACCGCUCUCCGAAGACCAGGCCCGUUUCUACUUCCAGGAUCUGAUCAAAGGCAUCGAGUACUUACACUACCAGAAGAUCAUCCACCGGGACAUCAAACCUUCCAACCUGCUGGUCGGAGAAGAUGGGCACAUCAAGAUUGCCGACUUUGGCGUGAGCAACGAGUUCAAGGGCAGCGAUGCGCUCCUCUCUAACACUGUGGGCACGCCCGCCUUCAUGGCGCCCGAGUCGCUCUCAGAAACCCGGAAAAUCUUCUCUGGGAAGGCCUUGGAUGUCUGGGCCAUGGGUGUUACGCUGUACUGCUUUGUGUUUGGCCAGUGCCCGUUCAUGGACGAGCGGAUCAUGUGUUUACACAGUAAGAUUAAGAGCCAGGCCCUGGAAUUUCCAGAUCAGCCCGACAUAGCCGAGGACUUGAAGGACCUGAUCACCCGCAUGUUGGACAAGAACCCCGAGUCGAGGAUUGUGGUGCCGGAGAUCAAGCUGCACCCCUGGGUCACGAGGCACGGGGCGGAGCCGUUGCCAUCGGAGGACGAGAACUGCACGUUGGUCGAGGUGACCGAAGAGGAGGUCGAGAAUUCAGUCAAACACAUUCCCAGCCUGGCGACCGUGAUCCUGGUCAAGACCAUGAUACGAAAACGCUCCUUUGGGAACCCGUUUGAGGGCAGCCGGCGGGAGGAGCGCUCGUUUUCAGCACCUGGAAACCUGCUCGUCAAAAAACCAACCAGGGAGUGGGAGCCCCUCUCUGAGCCCAAGGAAGCAAGGCAGCGAAGACGGCCUCCGGGGCCCCGAGCCACCCCCCGUGGGGGAAGAGGAAGUACUCUUGUGAAAGGAGGUCCCCGCGUGGAGGGUUGGGGGGCCCAGGCCCCCAGCUGCCGCGCACGCAUGCAUCGGCCAGAUGAGGCGAUGGAGUAGCUGCGGGACCGCGACCUCGCAUGCUGGCGUCUCACCUCCAGGGCUGCGCACCCUGCGUUUCCAUAGCAGCAUGUCCUACGGAAACCGAGCACGUGUGUAGAGCCUUGGCCAUCAUCUCUGGUUGUGUUUUCUUUUUUUCCUUUGUUGUUUUAAAGGGAACAAACAAACAAACAAACAAACAAAAAAGAUGACUCUGACAUCGACCUUGGCCGCUGGCUGGCUGAACAGGCGGGUGUGAGGAGUUGCAGACCCAGAGUCACUUGCAUUUUGGGGCAGUUGCAUUUUAAAAACCUUUUUAUGCCAAAAAAUCCUUCAUUGUGAACUCAAAAUCAUGCCAGAUAUACCAAGUGAAUGUGUAUGGGGUUUGAAAAUCGUGAAAAACUGGCAGAAAACUCCGAGGGGUGGGGGUGGGGCGUGGUCUGACACCACAGAGUUAGUGGCUGCAUUUGAAAAGGAGUGGAAGAGUGCGUGUGACUUCUGCAAUCCCCAAACGUUGAACCACGCCACCUUCCAGAACCCUGGACUCAGGAGUCAGGGCAGGGCUAGCCCUCAGCAGCUGCACGGAGUUUUGAUGCAACUUAUUUGUAAGAAGAACUUUAACAUUUUUCUAUGGCUAGAGUUGUCGUCAGGAAAACAGAAAGGGCUUGACUUUUCAUUGCUUCCCACAGGGGAUUUUCCAACCCUAGAAGGGCAUUUGGUGGUUGUGGUGGGAGACGUGUUGCGUUUAUGACAGCCACUUAAAGCGGGUUUCUGAAAGACUUGACAGAGCUCUCAGUAAAUCUCUUGUUCAAUUCCAAAAACUUCAGGGCGAAACCUACACCUCCAUGUACAUUACAUGGCUUAAGAGGAAAACACAAUUUUUCAAUUCUCCAACUAGACUGAACUCCAAGAGUAGUUCAGCAAUCACUUAGAGCUUCCAGGAUAUAGGCCACAGCUUCAGGCAUGGAAUGGAGUUAGAUGCCAAUGAAACCUACGCUUGUACAUUAGCAGCUUAGCUUGUUUAUAACGUGUGUAUCCUAGAGACUGCUAAGGUUUUUGUUUUCUUCUUAAAUUCUAGCUGAGUGCUAUCGUUAGUGAAACACUUAAUCCAGUUUCUGGAGGGCCAAUUAGAAAAUACUUUCAUUCGACCGAGACACAAAUGAUCAUCCUUACCAGCAAAGCUCUGUUAGGAUCAACAUAUGCACUUCGGGGUACCCGUUGGGAGAAGACUGUUGAAAUCCAGAGCACCCCUUAGGGUCCAAGGGAACCAGGGCUUGGCAUAGGAUGUUCCCUUCUGUAGCCAAAAGUCCAGAGAGAACAGGUUUACUUUUUUGACUUCCACCUAACAUUGGGAAGUUUGGUUGCAGUUCAAGUGCAACUUCUUCCAGAGCCAAACAUGGGUGAGUCUGAAGUUCAAGGGGUAGGAAACUGGAAGGACUUUGCCCCGGGAGAUUCCCAGUGCUUUGUGAGUCUGGCUUGGUGGAAAGAGUUACUGGGCUCGGACAUGCUUUCCUGUGGUUUCUGUCUGAUCAGCAUUGGUACGAGGCCUUUUUGCAGAGACAGAGAAGGCAGGCCUGUGCUCCCCUGCUCAGCGUGUUCGCAGAGCCCAGGCGUUCUUGGCUUCCGUAGAUCUAGCUUCAUAAGCUCUUGACUAUCGUAGCCAGACUUUUCUUGCUGUCAUAUAAACAGGACAGAAUUAGGGACUGCUGGUUUCCAAGAGCAAAGGACACCCGUCUGAUGGAGGGUCCUCUUGCCUGCUUUCUUUUUUUCCCCGUGACCUAGUACUUCCUCUUGUCUUCCUGCACUUGUUUAAAUUUAUGGGCCCUGCCCCCUCUGGGAGCAGAUUGGGUCUGGUUAGUACACAAUAAGCACCUUGCAGUGGUGAAAGCCAGCCGGUCCUUGGUCUUCAUCCCAGCCUGUCUGUGUGGACUCUGGCCUGGCUGAGUGGCUCGCCCCGGGGAGGGUGAGCAGCAUGCAGAGCUUCUGCAAAUCUGUGUUUACAUGACCGCAUCGGGCAAUGCCAUUUCUCCCCCAUGAAACUCUCCGGAAGGUUUCAUAUGUGGAAUGCCAGCCAUCAGGCAGCACCCAACUGUUUAGGGGGGUGGGUAGAGGGAGGCCCAAGUUCAUAACUUUUUUUUUUUUUUUUUAACAAAGAAACACCAAAGAAAGCUGUGGAGAGGAACUGCCGCCCCCAAAACGUAUAAGCAGAGAGGGGGCUGUAACACAAAGCAUUAGCUACCCCUCUCUUGGAGCACAAACGAUUUUAUAAAAAGCCAGUUCUAUCAGGAAAGGGGAGACGCUGUUAGGAGCAGCUUUUUCCGGUGAGCAAAAAAGGGUGCCCAUCAGUUUCCUCCAUUGCUGGCUCAUCUGUGGGCCCAAUUUGGUGUAAGCAACCUGUCGCCUUGAAGGAGACACAGGUUCUCUCCCCAUCUUUCUUCUGCCCUGUUCUACUACCCCCAUCUAUUCCGCAGGCUUACCAGUGGCUUCCAUAAAGCCUUAUCUAGCCCCUUGUCGGCACUGGGGACCGGAGAGGUUGUCUCCCCACUGGUGCAGCCUUUCCCGUGCAUUAGGGCUCCCGUCCUCAAAGCCUUUCUGGGACAAGGAGGCGAAUACCUGUGUGUUUAGACACAUAGUCUUGACCUGUCACUCUCACCCAUCUUCCAAAGGGGAGCUUCACGUUGCCGGGGGGGGGGAGGGGGGGAGAACGAUGACCUCCACUUGCUUCUAAGGUGCUACGGAAGGUUUCAAGGUUGUCAGUUCCCAUCCUCUCUCCAGCUUUAUGGGCUGAGUCUCGUGGGACUGCUGACUUUUCUAUUCUGUGGUUGAUUGAUUUACUGCCCGAUGCUUCUGUUUAUUCCUGAUCCUUUCUACUAUGCAUUUUCCUUUUUAUCAGGUGUACAAAGUUAAAUACUGUGUAUUUAUCACUUAAAAAAGAAUACAUGAACUUAAGAGAAAAAUAAGCCUUUGGUGUUUUUCCACAGAUGUUUAAGCUUCUCUGUAAACUUGAAAUAAACAGACAGCAAAAUGGUGCAAA